UUUUUUUUCGCAGACGCAAGCGAGCAAGCGCAGGUGAUCCACGUAGUGAGUUUUUAUCAAAUUGUGCACAGGUGUUUGUUUUUAAAUCGAGUUUUUUCGUUAUUUAUUUACAAGGUGAUGAAAUAAACAUUCCGAAAAAGUGAUAAAGUGUAGUGGAAAACCUGUUCUGGUGGUGUUGCCUUACAACAAAAUAGUAACUUUCUCGGCUUAUCAAUUUCGCGGUGUCAAACGUAAAGUAUCAAAGUAAAAUGAGUUGAACAAACUGUCAACGGUUCUCGGACAUUGUAGUUUAGUUUACCAGUGAAUGAAAUAGUUUCAAAAUGACCACAGAUAGGUUUCAUAAAGCCGCCAAGGAUGGUCUGUUGGAGGUGCUGCGUGAGGCGACGCGCAAGGAAUGCAACAAUAAGGAUGAGUCCGGGAUGACCCCCACACUGUGGGCCGCCUUCGAGGGACACAUCGAGGCCCUGAGGCUGCUGUGUGGACGGGGAGGCGAGCCCGACAAAGCAGACUACUUCGGCAACACAGCGUUGCACCUCGCAGCCGCUAGAGGGCACAAGGAGUGCGUUACUUUCCUUGUCAACUUCGGAGCGAACGUGUACGCCAUGGACGUGGACGGGCACACGGCGCAGGAGUUGGCGGCCAUCAACAACAGGGACGACAUCCUGCGGUUCCUCGACGCUGCUACUGCUAAGCUUGAGAAUAAUGACAAGAAAAAAGCAAAAUCCCUCAAAGAAAAAGCCAAAAAAGACCAUGACAAGUCACAGAAGCAAUAUCAGAAGCGGCAGAGCAAGGCUGAAGUCCUGGCGGAGAAGGAGCUGAAGAAACUGACUAAGGAGUGGGAAGGUUACAAUGAGGACAUGUCCACCAUGCCGCAUCGACCCAGCACCGUGCUUAUGGCGCUCAAACAAAAGAUGACUAGGUCUACCAGCCAAGGCAACCUGCUGGCAGAAGAGCAGCCGCGUCCAACGUACAGUGCUCUAGUAGGCACCGUCAACUCCGGCGCGCGCGGACGCGGUGCUGUCUAUAAGAAGGCUCUAGCUAGCAAGAUGCGCAACGGAACCGUCGGCAGGAACGGACCUACUGAUGAUUUCAAGGUGGGCGAAGUAGAAACGACAGGUCGUCGAUCAGUGACGUCACUUAGUGGUCUGCGGCGGGACUCGGAGGUAAUGUAUGUGGGCACCUUUGGAGCGGGCCCGCAGCAGCGCGGCAAUGUGGCUGAUGUCUUCACCGAGGCCGAUACUAGAAAACAAACGCUUACCAGGUCAGCGAGUCAGCCGGACUUCACAGCACCGUCCGGCGAAGACAGUGGCAUUGGACAGGAGGUUCUACUGCAGGAGCCCGCCAGCAUAUUCGACAGGCCUGGCUUUGGCAGUGUCGCCUUCAGACGUUCUAUAACAGCGACGCUGGGCGCGUUGCCGACAGGCGCGGCGGGCGCGGGCGAAGACCUCUCCAUCGGGUCCGCUGGCUCGCUCGCUCGGCAUGCGUACCAGCCCGCUGAGUGGAACACGCAGCAUUCUGAAAGUUCCACGGUGACAUCCGACGAAGAAGGAGAGGCCGAGGAAUCGGGCUAUGCGUCCCUAGAACGCUUCCUCACAGCGUGGGGCCUAUCACAGUACGUACAGAAGUUCAAAGAUGAGCAAAUAGACCUGGAUGCCCUCAUGCUGCUUACAGAGAGUGAUAUGAAGUCUCUAGGGCUUCCACUAGGCCCUUAUAGGAAACUAGUGACUGCUGUGCAAGAGAGGAAGCAAGCGUUAUCACACCCCGGUGCUAUGGUGGAUACUGCUAUUUGAUGGAAGGUUAUAUGAGUGACAAGCUGACGAGUUUGUUGGGGACUUAACAACAUGACAAGCUUUUGACAAAGGGGUAUGUUGGUGUGAAUUUUCGUUAGAUAUUUUUCAAUAUCUGUCAGUGUUGAUCAUUUGAAGAUAUCUUAAUUUACUGCUAUUUUACCUGGCACUUUAAGUCACCACAAAACUACUCACUUCGUAAGUGGUAUAAUCACAAGAAUUACCCAACUUUUUAUAUAAUUUCGCAAUGUAUCUACAUAUAGGUAAUCAGAAUGGUAAUGCGAUUUAACCUCUAUUUGUAUACAAUUUGACUGGUCUAUUUAAUAUUAUUAACAUAAAUAUUUUCUUACUAGUUUCAAUAAUGCAAGUCAGCCUAUUCUCUUAUUUGACGAUAGAGUUAUAUUAUGACACUAGUUCUGUAAACAAUGUAAUGGUAAAUCUGGAGUUUAUAAAGUUUAAGUUAUUUUCGCACGUUGACGUGUUUUGUGUGUUCUUUUUACUUUUCCUACGAGACAUAAAACCACAGAUAAUAGAAUGUACUUACUGUACCGGCUAGAAGCGCCGUAAUAUAUAUUAAAUUUGCCAAGCGCGUUGAUCUAGCAACGUUUAGUACUUCCUUGUUUUUGACUCCUAAAAGUAGUGUUUUCUCCAGAAGCACAGACUUUCUAUUUAAUUAGGAGACAGUACAUAAAAUAUUAUAUUUUCUGUAUUUUUUGUGUCGAAUCGUGUUCGUUGUAUUAAACAUGUACCAAUAUAAAUAAAUAUAGUUUUGUAAUGCAUUGCCUCAUGAAAUGUGAUAAGUUAUAACAUUCCAUCCAGUGUACGUCCAAUAUCGCCAUAUAAUAGUAAAUACUUUUUGUACAAAGAUGUGUUAAUAUACUUUUUUAUAAAUAAUAA